CUUGCGGUCCUGCCGGAGGGGGCAUCAGCUCGGUAUAAUGGGGAUAGGGUUAUGCGGUGACUCGAAAAGGAAGGGUCUUGUAAUGGGAGUUUUCGCACUAUAAUCACACAGAGAGUGGCGCAACAUGGAAGCAGAACUCUACUUCCUGAUCGCCAGGUUUCUGCAAUCUGGUCCAUGUAGGAGAUCAGCACAGGUGCUGGCGGAGGAACUGGAACAGCACCAGCUUAUUCCUCAUCGCCUUGACUGGGAAGGGAAGAAGCACCGGAGAACCUUCGAGGACCUGGUGGCUGCCAAUGCUCACAUCCCCCCAGACUACCUGCUUAAAAUUUGUGAGCGCAUUGGACCUAUUUUAGAUCAGGAGAUCCCACAGAGUGUGCAUGGGGUGAGGAGUCUCCUGGGAGUAGGAAAACAAUCUCUUUUGAGAAGGGCAAAAGAUUCCAAGCAUACACAAUGGAAAGGAUCUGCAUUUGCGGCUUUGCACAGGGGAAGGCCACCAGAACUCCCAGUCAGUUAUGGACAACCGCUCAGCCUUGUAAAUAUUACAUAUUCCAGAGUACUAUCUGGCUGUACACGUUUCAACUAUAUAUUCCCAACUUCAACUUACCAGCAUAUAAAAAUGCACAAGAGGAUUCUGGGCCACUUAUCCUCUGUAUACUGCGUGGCUUUCGAUCGCAGCGGGAGGCGUAUAUUCACAGGUUCAGAUGACUGUUUAGUAAAAAUAUGGGCCACUGAUGAUGGCCGUCUCCUUUCCACAUUACGAGGACAUUCAGCAGAAAUUUCAGAUAUGGCUGUGAAUUUUGAGAACACUCUUCUUGCUGCUGGAAGCUGUGACAAAGUGAUCCGUGUUUGGUGUCUUCGCACUUGUGCACCUGUGGCAGUUCUACAGGGCCAUACAGCUUCCAUCACCUCCAUACAGUUUUGUCCUGCAUCAAAAGGAAAAAUUAGAUACCUCACUUCUACUGGUGCUGAUGGGACUAUCUGUUUUUGGCAGUGGCAUGCAGACUCCCUAAAAUUUAAUGACCGGCCUGUGAAGUUCGCAGAACGAUCUAGACCUGGUGUUCAGAUAUCCUGUUCAUCCUUCAGUUCAGGUGGCAUGUUUAUUGCUACUGGCAGCACUGACCAUGUUAUUAGAGUCUAUUACUUGGGAGGUGAUUCACCUGAAAAGAUUGCAGAACUGGAGUCUCAUAUGGAUAAAGUUGUUGCUAUUCAAUUUUGCAAUAAUGGAGACCGCUUAUGCUUUGUCAGUGCUAGCAGAGAUGGAACUGGACGGAUUUGGCAAUUUCAGGAGCAGGAAUGGAAAGAAAUAAUUCUUGAUAUGACCGUCAAGAUGGCUGGGAGCAGUGUUACAAGUACAGAAGAUAAAAUGCCAAAACUCAAAGUUACAAUGGUAGCCUGGGACCGAUCUGACUCAACAGUCAUUACUGCUGUGAAUAAUUUUCUUUUAAAAGUGUGGAAUUCUCGGACUGGACAGCUUCUUCACAUUUUGUCUGGUCAUGAUGAUGAAGUGUUUGUUUUGGAAGCUCAUCCAUUUGAUCCUCGGAUUUUACUCUCUGCCGGACAUGAUGGUAACAUUUUUGUUUGGGAUCUAGAGAAAGGAACCAAAAUUCGGAAUUACUUUAACAUGAUUGAAGGUCAAGGGCAUGGUGCAGUAUUUGACUGUAAAUUCUCACCAGAUGGACAACAUUUUGCCUGCACAGAUUCUCAUGGUCAUGUUUUGCUUUUUGGUUUUGGGUGCAGUAAAAUUUAUGAGAAGAUUCCAGAGCAGAUGUUCUUCCAUACAGAUUUUCGGCCAUUAAUCAGGGAUUCUAAUAAUUAUGUUUUGGAUGAGCAAACUCAGCAGGCUCCACACCUCAUGCCACCCCCAUUUCUUGUGGAUGUAGAUGGCAAUCCACACCCAACAGAUCUCCAGAGACUUGUACCAGGUCGUGAAAACUGCAAGGAUGAACAGCUCAUACCACAACUGGGAUAUAUAUCAAAUGGCAAUGGUGAUGUGGUGGAGCAAGUGAUAGGCCAGCAGACCAGCAAUCAGGAUGAAAGUGUCCUUGAUGGCAUGAUAAGAGAACUACAGAGAGAACAAGACCAGAGAGGUACAAAUGACUUGGAAGCUGUGCUCAAUCCACCAUAUAACAGAAUGAACUCUGGAAAUGGAUUUCAGAGAAGUGUAAGUUUGGAUUUAAGCUCUCCUCCCAAUGUUGGGCUGCGUCGAAGUGGCCAAAUUGAAGGUGUCCGACAAAUGCAUCUUAAUGCUCCUCGAAGCCAAAUUGCUACUGAGAGGGAUCUCAUGGCCUGGAGCAGACGGGUGUUAGUAAAUGAGCUAAAUCCUGGUGUUUGCAGAGUUCAAGAGGAAUGCAGGGCUGCCAAAGGUGACAUUGAAAUUCAGCUAUACACCACAGAAAAAAAAAGAAAACCAUCUCAGCCUACGCAAAGGAGUGAACAUCAAAUCUUCAGUGGGCGAUCGUUAAGGAAAAUCCAGCGCAAACGCCAACACGCCUACCAGACCCGUUCUACAAUUGAGCAUAAUACACAGAGCAACACUCCAAGUACGAAUGAAGAAGAUACACAAAGUUCCAGAGAGGAUGAGGAAUCCCGGCAUUCUAGUGUGGGUUCUGCAAAUGAAACCGCAGCAACAUGGCAGACUGAGAGCUCGUCCAGUGAGUCUUCAAGCGACUAUUCAGACUGGACUGCAGAUGCUGGGAUUAAUCUUCAACCUCCCAAAAGGAAGACAAGGCAGACAACACGGAGAAUGUGUAGCAGCUCUGAAGAGGAGAACGGCAAAGAGGAUGGAAAACAACGGAAACGCAAACAAUUAAGAAGAAAGAAAAAGGGCGAUCUUCUGUCAAUGGAAGGCGAGCCAAGUGAAGAAUGGCUUCCUCCUGCAUGGAUUUUGGACACCAUACCACGCCGUUCCCCAUUUGUCCCACAAAUGGGAGAUGAGGUUAUUUAUUUCAGGCAAGGCCAUGAAGCCUAUAUACGCGCUAUUAAGAGGGCAAAAACCUACAAUGUUAGUCUACAAAAGCAGCCAUGGAACAAAACAGAGCUCAGGGAACAAGAAAUUGUGAAAAUCGUGGGAAUUAAGUAUGAAGUUGGGCCACCCACCCUUUGCUGCUUAAAACUUGCUUUUUUGGAUCCAAAUUCUGGCAAAAUGAGUGGAGAAUCAUUCUCUGUGAAAUAUCAUGACAUGCCUGAUGUGAUAGACUUCCUCGUCCUCUAUCAGUUCUAUAAAGAAGCAAAGGAUAGGAAUUGGCAAAUAGGAGAUCGGUUUCGUAGUAUCAUCGAUGAUGCUUGGUGGUUUGGUACUGUGGAGAACCAGCAGCCUUUCCAAAGAGAAUACCCAGACAGCUCGUUCCAGUGCUACAGUGUUCAUUGGGAUAAUAACGAAAGAGAAAACAUGAGCCCGUGGGACAUGGAGCCAGUACCAGAUGGGAUAGCUUUCCCCGAUGAUGUUGGCGCUGGCAUUCCUGUUACUGCUGAAGAAUUGAAAGCUUUGCAAUAUAAACCAGAGGAAGGAGAGUGGGGAAUGAACUCAAGAGAUGAAGUGUGUGAGAGAGUCAUUCAAGGAAUUGAUCAGAUCCUUACUCUUGACUUUGCCAGCCCAUUCAGUGCUCCAGUCGACCUUAGUGCCUAUCCCUUGUAUUGCACUGUUGUUGCUUAUCCAACUGAUCUCGGUACUGUACGAAAAAGAUUGGAGAGUCGCUUUUACAGGAGAAUAUCUGCUUUAAUAUGGGAAGUUCGUUAUAUUGAACACAAUGCUAGGACAUUUAAUGAACCUGACAGUCCAAUUGUCAAAGCUGCAAAAAUUGUGACCGAUGUGGUGUUGCGCUUUAUUGGGGACAAUAAUUGUACUGAUAUAUUGGAACUUUAUAACCAGGUUAAGGCAGAAGACAUCAGUAAUACAGAGGGAGAGGAGGAGAAUAAUGCAUCUAUUGAUAUGGAGUCUGAUGUACCUGGGACAUCCUCUAGACAAGCUGUAACCCGGCAUUCUAAAAGACAACAGCUGAUGGCCAAUCCAAAUGUAUGGAAGGAGAAAUGCAAAGAACUGUUGGACCUAAUUUAUGAACGUGAAGAUUCUGAACCAUUUAGGCAACCAGUUAAUCGUCACUCAUAUCCUGAUUAUCAGGAUAUCAUUGAGAGCCCAAUGGACUUCAGUGCUGUGAAAACAACUCUUGAAGCUGGAAAUUACAAUGACCCCUUGGAGUUUGGCAGAGAUGUGCGUCUCAUUUUUAGUAACUCCAAAGCAUACACUCCUAACAAAAAAUCUAGGAUCUACAGUAUGACACUUAGGUUAUCUGCUUUAUGUGAGACCUACAUAAAAAAUAUUUUAUCGGACUACGAUUUAGCCAUGCAACUCCAGCAGCAGAAGAGGCGAAAAUAUCGGAAAAGAAUACGUAGCAGCAGCAGUAGUUCUAGCUCCAGCAAGCAAAUCAUUACUCGGUCUAGGAGUAACUCCUCUUCUCAAAUGUCUGAUGAGGCAGUGGAGCCUGAUAAUAUAAUCCCAGAUGAACAAAUGGAUGAAGAGCCAUCCUUAUCUACACCACCUGACCUAAACAGAAAUGAAAGAGAGCUUGAGGAAACUAGUGGUGGUAAGACUAAACGCUCUCCUGUGAAAGCUGAACAUACCAAUGGUCCUCUUAUAAAUGGAGAUAAUGCAGAUACCCCCAAAUCCAGAAGAAGAUUGCUAAGUACUUCUGAAGAUGAAAGUAUGGGCGAAGAUGCAGUAAAAAUACCGGCUAAUCCAGAAAGAGAUCAAGGUUCAAUGUCAUCCUCUGAAAACGAAGAUUCAGAAUCAAGUUUAAGCUCGAAUAGUGACUCUGAGUCUAGUUCAGAUUCUGAGUCCUCUUCCAAGUCAGAUCAGGAUUAUAUUGAAGGAGACCAUGAUUACACUAAAGUGGCACGAGCAAAACUUAAAAAAAAGCUGGUUGGUAAAUCUAAAGAGAAAAGCAAAGGAAGAGGUAAAGGUAGAGGAAGGGGUCGAGGAAGGGGGCGUCCAAAAGGAUAUGGUCGUGGAAAAAGUGUAGUAAACAAAAAAGGGAAGGGACGUGGUCGUGGAAGAGGGACAUUAAAUAAAGGCCCUUCUAGAGAUCCAGGUUUGAAACAUGCACAGUUAACAGAUGAUGAUGAUGCUGACAAUGACGAUGAGGAAGAUGAUGAUGAUGAUGAGGAAGAAGAUGAGGAAAGUGAUUUUGUAGAGCAUUUGCGUAAAAAGCCUAGGAUUAACACCAGAAAUCAGGGCAGAAGAACAGUUUUAUACAAUGAUGAUUCAGACAAUGAACAUGAAAGUGUGUUGCAUUUUGAUGACCCUUUGAACCUUGGAACUUCUAGGUCUGGAAGGGUGCGUAAAAUGACAGAAAAAGCCAGAGUGAGUCAUCUUAUGGGAUGGAAUGGAUAACCAAAUGUAUGAAUCAUCUGAGUGGAUUAUAAAUAAACUUUUAUUAUUUUAGAAAGGGGUCUUCUGCAGGGAUUUUACAGAACAAAGUCCUAAUAGGAUAUUUGUGGAACUGUUUGCUCUUUAUGGUGGUGCUUUUUUGAUGCAAUUGUAAAUAUGUUAGUAAAUUAAGGCCAGCCUUAUUUAUUAGGUCUUAAGAUUUGACUUUACAGCCACAAAAUGCAACACUACACAUCUAAGGGUGCAGCUUCCAAUCCAAUGAGUGGCAUGAAACCUUUUUAAAAUCAUGGUUGUAGCUUUUGUGUAUGUAUUACAGAGUAAGCACCUUUUUUAAAGAGAUUUUAUAUGUUUUUGUGAAUUUAUGCUUCAUAUACAGUAAAUAAUUUUUGCACAAGAUACCAACCCUGAUGGCAGCUAUUAAAUGUUUACAGUUUAUAAAUUUAAGUAUCUCCAUAAAGUUACUCUGCCAAUGCCAAAUUAUCGUUAUGUGGGUUAUACUAAACUAGAUCUGUUAGGUGUAAGCUGGGGCUCGAUCCACUUUUUUCAGUAUUUAUUUAACAUUUUUCAUUUUUAAAAGAAAUCUGUGUAAGCUUAAAAUAGCAUUGGUGCCUUUGUAAAUAUUAAUCAAUUUUUCCUCUUUUGUGUCAUAAUCUUAGCACCAAAAGUAUGAAGCCUGUUAACUGGCAGAAUCUGUCAAAUCUACUUUAAAUGUUUUUUUCUACGUAUUGUAGUUCCAUAUAAAUUGGUGGUUAAAUUGGUCAUUUUUUUUACAACAGCCCAGCUACCUCUUAAGUAUUGCUAGAAAUGGGGAAGGUAAUUGUAGAUGCUAAAUGAAUUUAGUUUUUUUAAUUGCUAUAAAAACAGAUGGUUACUAAAAUAGGCUGGUAUUUGUUCCUAUACUAAUAUAAAAACUUGAUAUAUUGUGAAAAAUAGGUUUAUAGCUGGUUUAGUUUGGGAUUGUUGAAAGGAAUAGCCAGCUGGUGCUGUAUUAUUCAACUUUUUUAAUUUAUUUUUUUUAAUGCCCAUAAUUGUGUUUGCAACAUUUUUGUUCCUUUUUAAUGUAGUAGCAGAACUCUAUAAUGUAUCAAUGUGGGUAUUUUCUUUUACUGUAAAAUGAGUGUUAAACCUAUGCUUCAUUCCUAUAUGUUGUUCAGCAGUGAGUGUUUGUAGAUUCCAUACAAUUGGCAUUUUUAUCAAUGUUGGGUUCAAAAUAAUUCACUAUGGUGCAUCAAUUGGGAUAACCUAAAGUGCCCAACUUACCACUGAUGUUUUCUUAGUAGAAGACUGAAUCAGGACCACACUAAAACUAAUAGUGUUAAACAAAGAAAAAGAAAGAAUAAAUGUUUGUUUUUACUAUGUAUAGUUGACCGUUCAUUAACCAUCAAGUUAGAGAUAAAAUAAAACCCUUUUUUCAUUUUUA